AUGUCUCUGACCAACACUGAGAGGACCAUCAUUAAGUCCAUGUGGGGCAAGAUCUCCACUCAGGCCGACAUGACAGGCACCGAGACUCUGGAGAGGGGAGUGCUUUUCCAGAGCUACCCGCAGACCAAGACCUACUUCCCGCACUUCGACCUGCACCCGGGCUCCGCGCAGCUUCGUGCGCACGGCUCCAAGGUGGUGGCCGCCGUGGGCGACGCGGUCAAGAGCAUCGACAACAUCGCGGGCGCCCUGUCCAAGCUGAGCGAGCUGCACGCCUACAUCCUGCGCGUGGACCCGGUCAACUUCAAGCUCCUGUCCCACUGUCUGCUGGUCACCGUGGCCGCGCACUUCCCCGCCGACUUCUCGGCCGAGGCCCACGCCGCCCGGCUUUUCCAGAGCUACCCGCAGACCAAGACCUACUUCCCGCACUUCGACCUGCACCCGGGCUCCGCGCAGCUUCGUGCGCACGGCUCCAAGGUGGUGGCCGCCGUGGGCGACGCGGUCAAGAGCAUCGACAACAUCGCGGGCGCCCUGUCCAAGCUGAGCGAGCUGCACGCCUACAUCCUGCGCGUGGACCCGGUCAACUUCAAGCUCCUGUCCCACUGUCUGCUGGUCACCGUGGCCGCGCGCUUCCCCGCCGACUUCUCGGCCGAGGCCCACGCCGCCCGGGACGGGUUCGUGUCGGUCGUAUCCUCAGUCCUGACCGAGAAGUACCGCUGGGACCCCAGGACAGGCCGCGACUCCGCCCAUGCCUUAGAGAGCGCCUAG